AUGAAAGAGCGCAUGAAGAAACUAACGAAUGAUACGAAAGUUCGUCUGGACGACAUGGCCGCAGACACGGAGGAUAUCAAGUCGAAAGGGAAGGAGAUGGCAGAAAAAUUAACGACAAUUCAAACUGAUAUGACAAAAUUACAAGCAGACGUAAGUGAGUCCAUAGCGAAAACAGAGCUGGUACAGCACGAAAUUUUGAAGUCGAUCGCUGCCUUGGGCGAUCAAUUCAAAGCAUCCUUCGUCUUAUCAAGCAACACUUCUCGCCCCCAAUCUGCGAUGAACGAGGAGACUUCCGUUGAAGAUACGAGGAAGAAUUCAAAUCUAUUCUCGCCAGUAUCUCAACCACCGCAUGGCUCACCUACUGUGCAAAGGUCUCAUAUGCCACUAGGAGAGACGCAGACGAUCGUUAUGCCGGCUCGUAACUCACUUCCGAUCUAUAGUGGUACACCGUCCGAAAAACUGCUACCAUUCCUACUACGUCUACGUGAUUAUACGGUUAUCGUCUAUGAUUGGCAUGCAGAACAACUCCUAAAUGGAAUGUCCCAACUUCUGCAAGGUACAGCUUUGGAGUGGUUCCUACAACUGCGGGCUCAACAAAAAAUUCCAGAUGCGUGGGAUACAUUCCAGAACGUUUUCAUCGAUCAAUUUACAUCGCCAUUACGACUCGCACAGAUGAAACAACAGUGGCAUGAAUAUGUUCAAAAAUCCAACGAAUCAGUAAGUGAAUUCAUUGUACGUCUGCUUGGAUUAUGGAAGGAGAUGAAACCUCAGGAAACAGAAGCAGAUCUUGUGCAGCACAUCUAUACAAAACUUCAUGCGGAACUGGUUCAACUCAUUGGAGUAAAAGAUCCUCUAAUGGUCGAUGCACUUCUCGCGCAAGCAAAAGUGGCGGAACAGAUACCAUUGAUGGAAAUCCGUAUACCGCCACAUCUGGAAGAACAAUUACGAAUCAGUUUGGCUCAACGACGCCCAAGACGGAAAGGUCGACGAAAGAAACGAUUAAACAAAAAAUUAUAA